AUGGCGUCAGCUUUGCUCCUCCUGCUCAGCCUUGGCUCUUCACUGUUCAGCCCUCCACGGCUCCCACGACGCUGCCGAUUGGCCGUCCAGAUCCGGUGUAGGCUGACCAUUUUGGUAUCGCGCUAUGCCGCUGGUGGUAAUCCCGAACUAAGCCCAAUUGGUCCGAUUGGCCUCUCCAGAGUCCAGAGUCGCAGAACCCAUGGCCAUGGGUAUGCGCUCUGUCUGUUUGCGAAUAAUGAAGGCCCGCAUGCUGUCGAAUCGCUGGACCAGAACUUGCACAUGUCGCCAACCCAGCGUUUCAGCUAG